GGCUGUAACCUCUAAGCCGUGGUUGUUUGUACAACCCUUAAUAGCUGACAACACAAACUCCCAUCAAGCAAUGGGUUACACGACAGCUGAGUCUGAUGACUGGUAAUAUCAUGUGAGAGGUCACCUUUACCUCCACCAGUUUAAACUUCACGAUGGGAUGGGAGGUGCUGCUGUUUGUGCCUAAUAUUAUAGGUUACGUCAGAAUAGUGUUGGCCAGUGUUGCCAUUAUAUUCUUCCACCAUCCUGUUGCUUGCACCAUCCUUUAUGGAAUUUCAGUACUUUUAGAUGGAAUUGAUGGGUAUGCAGCAAGGAAACUAAACCAGACGUCGAUCUUCGGAGCAUGGUUUGACAUUGUGAUUGACAACUUCAGCCGAGGCCUGCUCUGGUGUUCACUGUACAAGUGGGGCUACCUGGUGGUGUUUGUAGAAUGGAUUACAUUCAUGAGCACACACAGCAGGGGCUCCAACUGGAAGGUGACAGAGGAGCAUUUCCCUACCCUCGUCCAACUGGUCAUGGCUAAUGGCUUCAAGAGCCCCCUGGGAUGCUAUGCAGUCGGGAGCCUGCACAUCCUGCCCAUAUGGAUGUACAUGUAUGAGAUGGGGGUGCUGAGUCUCACACUAGGGGUACCAGAUGUCUUCGUUUACGUGGGCAUCGCAGUCUUCACCAUAGGACGAACUAUCUGCUUAAGUGUAGAGGUGUUCUAUGUGUACCACUACAUCAAACACCUGGUCGACUGCCAUGAGAAGUAGCUGAACAGCUGCAUUUAGAAACUUCAAUCAACAUCCAUAGCAACAAGAAAACGAACUGAAAUGUUGCCAUGCAACAUAAACAGAAGUUACUUUACUCACUCGAUGUAGAAACAAGAAAAUAUUAUGACUGUUUUAUAAUUUGUUGACCUUAUACUUUAGCAGGCACAAGGCAUGAUAUAUAUUUGUUAUUUUACAUCAUGUUUAUAUUGACAUUCCAGAUGUGUUCUGAUGCAAACGUUUAUUUUAUUUGAGAAGUAUAUCCCCAAUGUUAGUGUGAGGUAGACAAGGGCUCAUGUGGUAUAGUUACAGUUAGUUUUUGUGGAACACUUCCUACUAAUGUAUGUAUGGUAAAGUGGUGGAUACCAACCUUUUCUUCCUUAAACACUCCAAGUGGGUAUUCAACUGGCUUGUUCAAGUUCACAUGAAUAGAUGACUAAGUCAAACUAUGAACAAGUAAAGAAUCCAGCAUGGUUUAUCUCUCCACACAUUUCCUAAGAAUAUCAGCAUGGAUUAAAAACUAGCUCGUGUUCAUAUAUACACAAAGUACUUAAUUAAGCACCCCCUGUAUUUUUGCAAAGAUAGGUUUUCAACACCUACACAAAACUUCUCAUGGUGACCACAAUGGAAAAACAGGAGUUUGUUUUCACCCGUAUGAUCCUUCGACUCAUCAAAAAUGACAAAGUGAUUGCAAUCCAUGUUGAUUUUAUGAUGAUAAUUGCUCAUUUUAAAAACAACAACACUGAUUUUCAAAAGCAU